AUGCUGGAAGAGUGGGCGGGUCUUUUUCCUCUUAAUGAUGUUUUGGAAAUGGUAUUCGUGAAUGUAGACAAAAUAAAUUGUCAGGCCUGUUUGCGAGAGAGCGAAGAAGAGGAUGCAACAGAAUAUUGUCUCGUUUGUUUGGAGUAUUUAUGCAAAAUGUGUAUAAAAUAUCAUAAAAGGGGACUUACGACUCAAAACCACAAAUUAAUUCCAUUGACAGAAUUGAAAACAACUAGUAUUGUACCAAAUGCUGUCAGAGAAAACACAUGCCUGAAUCACCAAGGCAGAAAGAUAGAACUAUUCUGCAAUGACCAUGAAGAACCAUGCUGUACAAUGUGUGUGAGUAUGGAACACAGAGAAUGUGGAAGUGUUGACACAGUCGAAAAAACCGCUCAAAACCUAAGGGAAUGUUUGAAAGAAAAUAAUGAUAUCAUCCUUGAAGACAUGCAAAUUCUGAAAAACAAGCUGGCCGAUGCAAAGAAUGAACAGGAAAUGUUAGUCCUUAAAUUACACGACAGAUCUGCUAGUUUUUCAGAAAGUGCUGAACAAGAAUUUAAUGCCGCUAUUCACCACUUAGAGUACCUGAAAAAUGAACAUUUAACAAAUAUGUCAAAAGUUGUCAAGAAAACUAAAGAGAAGUAUGACAAAUGCAUGAAAUCAUUCGUUGAUGGAAUUCAGUGCGCGGAUUUUUGUACUGAAAAUCUCGAGGAAGCAAAGAACGAAGAUGAUGACGCCGAAUCAGUGAUAAAGUAUUACAGAGGAAAGAAGAUAACUGCUCGACUGAAAAAUUUUAAAUUUUCACAAAUACACAUCGAGAUUGAAGAAGAAAAGCCUUAUAUUUUGGAAGAAAUCAUGGAUUUGAAAAGUCUCCAAGAAGCAAAUGUUACCGAGUCAGUUAUUGACAUUAUGACUGACUUGAGAAGAGUUCAGCUGAAAAUAAUCUCUGAAUUCAGGAUUGAUGUUGGAUGUGUGCGUGAUGGAGCAUUUCUAGGAAAUGGACAGUUUAUUCUUUCAACCAGGAAACCACAAAGAAGUUCCUAUGAUGAUAAAUGUUUUGUAUAUGAUAAGUACUGGGAAUGUAAAAGUAUAAUAGGGUCAUUAUCCCAGCCAUUUGGCCUCGCACAAAAGGAUAAAGAAUUGUUUGUAGGAUGCACAUUAUCAAAAUGUAUAACAGUGUUAUCGCUUACUUUCCUUAACAAGGUAAAGACAAUACGGAUUGGAAGGGAGAUAUUUGGAAUUGCAUAUGUACCUGGUUAUUUCUAUUUGGCAUGUGACAACAAAAUUAUAAAAAUUUACGAAAACGGAAGGCAUAUUAAAGAAUAUAACACAGGAUUUGGAGUAAAAUAUAUAAUUUCCUCAGGACGAAAUAUUGUGUAUAGUAAUACGAAUACAAACGAAGUGACAGCAUGGAAUAACAUGGAUUUGACUAUAUGGACAUACAACAGUCCCUUCCUAAUAUCACCAUGUGGACUUGAUAGAGACACCGAUGGCAACAUAUAUGUUGCGGGAAAGCAAAGCGACAAUAUCCACGUGCUUUCCAGUGAUGGUCAAUUGAUUCGACUCUUUGAGGAUAUUCCAAGGCCGGAUUUUAUGAAAAUAAACCAAGACAGAAACAUCUGUUGUGUAUGUAGCAAUCGAAGAAAUAUAAGAGUGUACGAGUUUAAAUAA